AAUCAGGGGCCUUUCAUUGGAGCUGGGAACCAGAGAGUAGCAAAUAACAAAGAUCAGGUUGCAUGUUUCAACAAAAGGCACAGAGCCACCUGAAGGAGAGAAAGGCAGUCCUGCACCUGAGGAUAAUGUGGCGCUCUUCCUGAAGGGUUGUUUGGAGUUAGAUUUGAAGAGCUCUCAGCUAUUCGAUCUUGGAAAUCUACAAGAUACCUCUGCACGCUCUAACAAAACAAAUUCAGAUGGGAACUUCAUCCCCAUGAAGGAUAUCAAGAGAUCAAGCAUCUUCACCAAAGCUGCUAUGUUUCACUCUCUCAAAUGUCUUCACAACCUACAAGAUCCAGACAGCAACAAGAAAUUAAAAAAAAAUGUUUUAAUCAACAUCUAUUGCUUGGGCCGAGCAGCCAAAAGCAGCACCACAUACAACGGGCCCACCCUGGACCUGCACAAAUUUGAGGGAUUACUGUCACAGAUGAGAAAGGAAACAGAGGAGUGGGACAGCCCAAAGCGAAGCAUCAGGGACAGUGGUUACAUAGACUGCUGGGAGUCUGAGCGCAGUGACUCUCUCUCCCCGAUGAGGCACACGCGAGACGACUCAUUCGACAGUCUGGACUCCAUCGGCUCGUGUUCCCAUCCAACCCCCUCGCCUGAUGGCCUGCUUGCCCACGGCUACAAUGACCGUGGCAGCGACUCGGAGUGCGACACCCCCCAGAGGAAGAUGCCAGAUGUGUGCAAGGAUGACAUGCUGGUCCGGCGAACUUCCUACAGUGAACCCCGGACUGCCAUACCUUUCAACCAGUAUCUACCCAACAAGAGUAACCAGAGCUCAUACAUACCUGCACCAGUGCGACGCCCUCGCACAGACAGAGAUGACAGCUGCAAAAGUUGGAGUAAUGCAACAUCACCUGUUGAAGAAGAGAGACCUUUCAGAUUUAGCCGCUCAACUAGUGUGUUUGAUGAUCCAGAGAGUGUGAGCAUGAUAGACAUGAGAAGUGAUGAAGACUGUGUGUUGCCAUCCCAUAGUCAAGUUCGACAUGAGCUCCUGCACAACCAGUACAACAAGCUGAAAGAAGAAGAAAACCACUGGCAGGAUGACUUGGCCAAAUGGAAGAGCCGCAGAAGGAGUGUGUCUCAAGAUUUAAUCAAGAAAGAAGAAGAGAGAAAAAUGAUGGAGAAACUGUUGGGUGGAGAUGGAGGAUCACAGAGAAGGAAAAGUAUCAAGACAUACAGAGAAAUAGUGGAAGAGAAGGAACGUCGUGAACAGGAGCUGCAUGAAGCAUACUGGAAAGCCCGCACACCAGAGGAAGCAGUUUCUGUGCUGCAGCGUUAUGCCCAGCGUUUCACCAUCAGUGAGGCUGUUAUUGAGCGCCUCAAACUCCCCAAGCUGCUGGAGAGGAGUGCAUCGGCUGACCCUACUCGUCACUUCCUCUCAGUCUCCCCAGACAUCCCCUUGUCUUUGUGUGCUUCCUCAAACCCACUGCAGUACCUGAGGCAACAGUCACUUCCUUUGGCCAAAUUUACAUCCACAGUUGAAGCACAGGUGACGGGAUACAGCGCAGCGAAUGAUUUUGUGGGAGAUGUGACAGCGCCCUCACUGGGUCCGAAAACUUACAGCAGUGCUGCUGCUGAAAUGAGAACAGCUAAGGUGGAUGAAAUAAUGUGGGUGAAUCAAAAAAGGAAAGAUUCCAGCCAUAGCAAUGAGAAGGAAGGACGACAGAAAAACAAAGAGGCAGAAGAUGAUUCUCUGCAGUUCUUUCCAUCUUACCAGCACAUAGACUCAGACAUCACAGAUACUGUUGUGUCAGAGGUCGAGCCCAUGGUCCACACACUCUCAUCCACAUGUACACAACAGUGCUAUGAGAAAGACAGAGGUACCACAGAGGUUGAAGUUGGGACAGUCCCACAGGUUGGUGAUGUCACUAUAUCCCCAGAAGUGUUGGAGCUAAAAGCUGAAAAGACAGAUCAAGAGCAGACAGAUGAGAUGUAUAUGAGUGAAUCUCAACAAAACAUGAUUCAGUUUGACAGCUUUGCUGUGCAGGUUGAUAAACUAGCAACUGAGAUGCCACAGAAAUCAACAAAUCAGUCAGAGCCAUCCAACCUAGAAUCAUACAGAACCAAACUGGAUAUGCCAGAAAAAAAUGGAAAUGUCCCUCCCCCAGUGCUGAAUCUGGUGAAGCGGGGUGAACACUUUUCUUGGGACCCUGAGGAAGAGCGCAAGCGUCAGGAGAGGUGGCAACAAGAGCAGGAACGCAUGCUACAGGAGAAAUAUCAGCAUGAACAGGAGAAGUUAAAGCAGGAAUGGGAGCAAGCACAGAAGGAAGUGGAAGAGGAAGAAAGACGGUACCAUGAGGAGGAGAGGAAGAUUCUGGAAGAGACCCUGACUCCACUGAUGCCUCACUCAACGACUGUACCAUCAGCCCUUUCCAAAACCCACAGCACUUUACAGUCCCAGACUGAGGUGGAAAACAAAGAGGGGCCAGAGGAGAAGCAAAAGAGCUCUGGGAAUUAUAGACAUAAGGAAAAUGAAAAUAAUGAAGCAACCCAAAGAAAGAGUUUACAGAUGACAGUAAGUUCUCCCAUGCAAGGUUGUGCUUCAGUGGGUCAGAAAAGACAUGGAGACCAGAGCCAAGAAAAGCAGCCUACAAUACAGCCUAGUCAGGAUAUGCCACUGGAUAACAUACAGAUAACCAAGAAGAAUGAGUCUUGGAAAAAGAAUACAUUUCAACCAAAAUCUGGUGGACGCAGGAGGUCUGACUCUAUAGAGAACAUUGGGCCAAAUUCAUCAGCAUCACCUUCAUUCACAGAUACACAGCCACCUCCAUCACCAAACAGGUCUGUCAGUGGGAAGAAACUGUGCUCAAGUUGUGGUCAUCCACUUGGCAAAGGUGGCAUGAUUAUAGAGACUCUCAGCCUUUACUUCCACAUCCAGUGCUUUAAGUGUGGAAUUUGUAAGGGCCAGCUGGGUGACACCAGCACAGGAACAGAUGUGAGGAUCAGAAACGGUCUACUCAACUGCCAUCAAUGCUACAUCCGCUCCCGCUCUGCUGGUCAGCCCACAACCUUGUGAGCAAAAGAAAACUUCCCGUAACAUUGUCACCCCCAGUCCUCACAAUGCACAUGUGAAUAGAAGCAUAUUUAACAUGCAGCCACUGCAACAUCUUCAAGUCGAGUUUUCUUUUGCAACACAAAUAAGCAUGUGACUGAAGUAAAAAAUUGCUUUCUGAUUCAACUGACUGUAUAACUGAUAAAUAAAUAUGUGUGUACACUAAAAAUAUUUUUCAGAAAUUACAUACUCUUCCAUGACAAACAACCAGUUUAAGUCAUCUAUAGUUUAAAAAAAAUGAAUAAAGAAUCUGAGCUGAAUUUCUGGGUGUAUAUGAAACAAAAUUUUCUCAGUGUUUGAAUUUUUUUGUUGUUUUGUUUUUGUUUUGUAAUGGAAAGCAUUCAGCUUUCUCUGUAUCUUAGUAUAUAUAGAUAUAUAUGUAUAAAUCUCAAUUUUAAAAAAAAUACUCUUAUGCCUGGUUUUGUAGUCUAAGGUCACACAUAAGUAUGUAUGAUUGUUUUUUUGUUUUGUUUUUUUAAUAAUUACCUUUAAUUAUCUUUAAUUAUUGGAAUGCAGUUCCUCUAAUAUCCCAUGAUCAUUGUAUUUCCUAUCUAAAGGAAAGUGUGUAUUUACACAUAAAAAGUACAUUUGAUCUGAAAUAAAGACAGCCAAAUUCA